AUCCGAACAAUAUCUCAUCAGUCCGUCUUAGUAAGCGAUGCGGGUACUCGAUCCAAACGAAUGUAUGCAUCGGGGAUAGAUAUUCUUGGAAGCUAUGCAAUUAAGGUGGGAUCAUGCUUGCUUCCCGAGAUCUUGACGGGAGAGAACCUCUUCGGGGAAGGUGUGCCCGAGUAAAGUGUUGAAGUGGUCUAUUUUAAGUCUGAUACAUGGCUUAACAGGAAAAAGACCUGGAAGGUAACAGAAUUGAAGGAAUGACACGUCGAGUCUGGAUUCCCGAUGAUGAUGGUAUGCUCAAGGAAGUUGUUCGGCCGGCUGAAGCUGAAUAUCGGUGGUGGGAAGACAUCUGGUGGACGGAAUGGUGCAUUGAUGAGGGAACUGUGGUAUCAGAACUGCAACUUUCCGCUGACUAUGUCAUGAUUUGGCUUCUGCUCCGGUGUCGUGACGUUUGCUUCCCGAGAGAAGGACGGGAGAACAUGCCAUUACGGAAGAUGACGAGGCAUUAACGGGUAGUGUUGUGAAACUACUGCCUGAAAUGAGGAGAUGAGGGCCUAGAGGAUUGCCGCAUUGCAAAAAUGAUGGCUGGAUCUGGAUCUCUGGCGAUGUUGGGAUGCCUGAUCAGGCUGUCUGGUG